AGCGUAUGGAUGACUUGAUUAUUCAUUGACGAGCUUCCCCUCCUCACACUCUAGUUAGUAAAUAUCCUUAGCAUCGCUAAACAACCAUGAAAUUCACAGUUUACGCAGCUUUCUGCGCUCUCGUCGCUACCACCGCGGCUGUCUCGCAAGACAUCUCUGGCUCGGGGCAGAUUUACGUCAUUAACAGCACCAGCUUCCAGAAUGCCUCUCCCGCCGAUAGUAUCGGGUGUCUAAACGUGAGGGGGGGCUUCUCCGAGUCGGACUGCGCGACCUUCACCAGGCUCGACACUUAUCCCAAUACUCUUUCUACUAGCGCCGGCAACUGCACGUUCAGAGACUCUACGCAGCCGGCCAACACGGACAGCGUGUACGGCUCGAGUUCAUACUCCUACACUUGUCGGGAAGACUACCAAGCCUCAUCUGCGGAUUCUCUGUAUACCAUAAAUGGAUUCAACUACCCAUUCCUGUGCCACGGGGAUAUUAACUGCUUCUAUGACGUCAAGACUAUCCCUAGAGAUAAUACCUCUGUCUCACCCGUCUGGGAGUAUGUAUGGGGAUCUCAGCAGACGGGGAUUCCCAAGGGACAUACUCAAGUGAUGUGGUACUGGAAGAAGAUUUAGUCCGGAGUCCUUACUACGUCGGGCAGUUUAAAUUGGUAGCCAAGAAAUACGAGGAUUACAUCAUGCAGCUAUCCUGGAUAUUUAACUCGGAGUCGGGUUAGGAAUUGACUUCUUU